UCUUUGGUGACAAAUGCAUUAAUAUUUUUUCCCAGGCAGACUCCAAAUGUUGUGGCUUUUGGCAGCAGCAUGGUGUGUGCUUCUACCUGGACCCAUAUAUGGCUGCCAGAAAAGAAUCAUCAUAAACCCUGAAGCCAAUAUGAACAUUAGUCAAAUCAUUUCUUACUGGGGCUAUCCUUAUGAAAAGUACGAUGUCAUAACGGAGGAUGGUUAUAUCCUUGGAACUUACCGGAUUCCUCAUGGGAAAGGAUACUCCAGGAAAACAGUUCCAAAGGCAGUUGUGUAUCUGCAGCAUGGCUUAAGUGCAUCCGCCAGUGACUGGAUUUGUAACCUGCCCAACAACAGCUUGGCUUUUCUUCUGGCCGAUAGAGGUUAUGAUGUGUGGUUGGGGAACAGCCGAGGAAACACCUGGUCCAGAAAACAUCUGACACUGUCUCCCGAAUCACCUGAGUACUGGGCCUUCAGUUGGGAUGAGAUGGCUAAAUAUGAUCUUCCAGCCACAAUCAAUCUGAUCUUAGAGAAAAGUGGACAGCAGCAACUCUUCUAUGUGGGCCACUCGCAGGGCACCACCAUAGCAUUCAUAGCAUUCUCUACAAAUCCAGAACUGGCUAAAAAGAUUAAGAUAUUUUUUGCACUAGCUCCAGUGGUCACAGUAAAAUACACUCGAAAUCCUAUGAGAAAAUUAGCCACCCUUUCCAGGAAAGCUGUCAAGAUAUUGUUUGGUGACAAAAUGUUCGCCACUCACACAUUGUUUGAACAAUUCAUUGCAACCAAAGUGUGCAACCGGAAGAUAUUCCGUUCUCUAUGCAGCAAAUUCAUGUUUUUUCUAACUGGAUUUGAUCCCCAGAACUUAAACAUGAGUCGUUUGGAUGUGUACAUGGCACAGACUCCUGCAGGAACGUCUGUUCAGAACUUGCUGCACUGGGCCCAGGCUGUCAAAUCUGGUAAACUCCAAGCUUUUGACUGGGGCAAUCCUGACCAGAACAUGAGGCACUUUAACCAGCUUACACCUCCUGUGUACAACAUCACAAAGAUGAGGGUCCCAACAGCAAUGUGGAGUGGAGGACAUGAUGUUGUGGCAAGUGCUAAGGACACUGAAAAUCUGAUCCCUAAAGUUGCCAACCUCAUUUACUACAAGGAGAUCCCCCACUACAAUCAUAUGGAUUUUUACCUUGGACAGGAUGCGCCCUGGGAAGUUUACCAAGACCUAAUUGGACUGAUGGAAGACUACUUGCAAAAUUAAAGGCACUCUCUGAAAUCAGGUGGGUGUCUUGCAGCAAUAAUGAGACAGUGACACCUCAGCAAGUCUCAGUCUGUGUUCUCCUCCCCUCCUUUUUGUGAGGAAGAGAAUGGAAUGUUCUUUGCAGCCAAUAGCAUUUGCAAAGCUGAUAGAUUCUAUACUCAUGGCUAGGUUACUCUAUUUGUCAAAAGUGAUGGAAUUCGAUUACCUCAUUACAUUAGAAGACAUGGCAUCCUGUUUAAGCAAUGUAAAGCA